AUGAACCAAAAGAACGCUGUGUUUGUGAAUGGGAAGUUUUGCAAGGACCCCAACCUCGCCAAAGCUGAGGACUUCUUCUUUUCAGUUAAAACGCCUGGAAACACAAACAAUCCACUUGGUUCAAAUGUCACAGCUGUGACAGUUGACCAAAUUCGAGGACUUAACACUCUCGGCAUCUCUGCUGCCCGCCUUGACUUUGCACCUUAUGGCGAAGUCCCACCUCACACUCACCCUCGUGCCACUGAGAUUCUUGUUGUCCUGGAGGGCACUCUUUUUGUUGGGUUCGUCACUUCCGAUGCCAACCAUACACUUAUAAGCAAAGUUCUUAACCCGGGUGAUGUGUUCGUCUUCCCCAUUGGUCUCAUUCACUUCCAAGUCAUUCACAAAAUUUAA